UUGAUUGUUUUCGCUUACAAAGUAAUUAGUAUCUUUUGAGUCAAACAGGAACCAAAUUAACUCACUGCUUGUAAUAAUCCUUAGAAGUAUUUCAUUUCACGAUUUUUUCUACAUUUGUACAAAUCAUCAUUAUUCCUCUGUUUACCUACAGUACUCAUCAAAACCACAUUGCAGAAUCUGCUCUGCUCGUUUUCUCAAAAACCCAAUUAUCACAAGUUCACAAACGGAUGGUGCUCAGACCAGCUUGCGUGCACCUCGACUAUUCUACGUAGCAGCUGCUAACUCCCACCAGCACAAGUAUUGGUGAUGACGAAGAGGAAGAAAAAUAAGAGCUUGAGGAAGGAAGAAAUAGCAGAAGACUGGUGUUUUGUUUGCAAAGAUGGUGGCCAACUGCUAAUAUGUGAUUAUGGGCGAUGCCUGAAAGCUUAUCACCCUCGAUGUGUGGGGAAAGAUGACUCAUUUUUGACAAGUGAUGGACGCUGGACAUGCCGAUGGCACAGUUGCUUAUUUUGCCACAGAAGUUCAAGUUAUCAUUGUUAUUGCUGUGUAAAUGCUGUAUGCAAUCGCUGCAUCCUUUAUACAGAAUUUGCCCGUAUUACAGGGAAGUAUGGAUUCUGCAAUGACUGCUUAAAGCUUGCUUUACUUGUGGAAGAAAACAUGGAUGUUGAUUCUGAAGGGGAAAGUGUCAACCUUAGAGACCGGGAGACAUAUGAAGGCCUAUUUAGAGAGUAUUAUGAAACAGUCAAGGAAAAAGAAAGAUUUGACAAAAGCAGUCUUUUUGCUGCUAAAAAUCGACUGAACAGGGACACUGAGUACCAACCAACCUCUAAUUCAGAUGAAGGUAGUGAAGAAGAGGAUGAGCAGCUGGUUUCUGACUAUGAAGGUUGGAAUGAUGGGAAACCUCACAAGCGAGGAUGUAAAAAGAAGAGAUGUAAGCUUCAGCAACAAAAAUUGCAACGAAAAGUCAAAUCGAAGAAAAAGGAAUUUGUUGGAUGGGGGUCAAAAGCUCUAGUUGACUUUCUUCAGUUUAUUGGUCAAGAUACUAGUGAAAAAUUAUCCCAACAUGAUGUGUCCUUACUAAUAAAUAACUAUGUAAAAAAACAUGAUCUUUGUGAUCCAGUAAAAAAGAGAAGGAUAAUUUGUGAUGCUAGAUUACAAACAGUCUUAGGUAAGAAAAAGAUUAACAUAGGCAGAAUAUAUAAACUCCUUGAAGAACACUUUGCCGAAAAUGAGGAGAAUUCGGAAGAAGUGGAGCUUGAUGAUGAUCUUGAAGAAGAUGACAGGGAAAUAUUGGUGGCUUCUGAAAUGGGCAAAAAGUCAGAUCCAAACAAGAAACCAACAAGGAAGUAUCUUACUCCAGCUCCGAGUCAAUUUGCAGCCUUGGUCCCUGAAAAUAUCAAACUUGUCUAUUUGAAGAAGAGCCUGGUUCUGGAGAUGAUCAAGCUGCUGCAAUCAAAUGAAAACAAAAUUAUAGGAAGUUUUGUUCGGGUGAAGUCAGAUCCAUGCGAUUACAGCCAGAGAAAUUCUCAUCAGCUUGUGCAAAUCACAGGCAUCAAGCAAGGCUCAAUUGGUAAGGGAAAAAAUGAGACUGUUCUUCAAGUUUCAAAUACGUUCAGAGAUACUUGCUUGAGCAUGCUUUCAGAUGAUGAUUUUACAUCGGAAGAAUGUGAAGAUUUAAGAGAGAAGGUGAAAGCUGGCGUACUUAAAAAGCUUACUGUGGUGGAGCUCGAACAAAGGGCUAGAGUUCUCCACGAGGAUAUCACAAAGCAUUGGAUUGCUCGAAAGCUGUCUUUGUUGAAGAAACUCAUUGAUCAAGCAAAUGAGAAAGGAUGGAGAUACCGAUUUUGUGAGUAUAUGGAACAAAAGAAGCGUCUAGAGAAUCCAUCAGAACAGUCGCUAUUGCUACAAAAUUUUCCCGCAGUGACUCCUGAUGUAGCAGAGCUUGAACCUUUUGCUGAGCACAAGAGCCAUGACGAGCAGGAGCAUCAAUGCUUACAUGAGACAACCCCUUCCAAGGUUGUCAACGGUAAAGAGGAAGACAGAGAAACUUACUCAGAAAAGAACGCACAGCAGUAUCAUGCAUACUCUCCAGAAGAAAAGGCUGAAAUUAAUGUUUUAGAAGAGCCUCAUCAGUUCACAGCAACUGAUCCAAACAGAUCAAAAACAUCCUUACUGCAAGAAAUCUCAGAGCUUAAAGCAGCUUCUCAAAGUGAAGUAGAUGCUUCGCUUAUUAGCAAUAAUGAUCUAAAGGUGAAUCAGCAAAUGUAUGCUAAUAUGGGACCAAAAAAAGUAGAAAGUCAGGAGCUGGAAAGGAUUGAAGUUAUUGAUUUGAGUAGUGAUGAUGAGGCCAAAUUGGGUGUUGCAGCUGAGGAUCCAGACAAGCGUAUAUGGCAUAUUUCUGGCCAAAAUGAAAAGUAUUCACUGUCAUUGCUUAAACGUUGGGUUGAGAAGACUCCUUCUGCAUGUAAGUUCAAAGUCUGGAGAGAAGGUCAAAGUGAAGAAAAGACUAUCUUGUUGAGCAAAGCUAUAAACCUGGUUUUACCAAGGAAAUAGGCGUCAAGAUGCCAGUAAAAGUAUCGAAUCUUAUGAGAGGUAUUUUGUACAUAAGGACUCUGAUCAAGCUGGCAUUUUGAUGUCUUCUAUGUAGAUAACUAUAGUAGGUUUUCCAACCAUCUUUGUGCCUGAACCGUAAGAUCCGCCUGUAGGGAAAUUGUUGCAAGUGUAUAGUGAGGGCACGCGUGAGGCCAAGUACAUACCAGAUGCAAAGAUAUCACCAUAGAUACAGUUUGUGUCACCUAGCACCGAUAGAGGAAACUUUAUUCUUCUUUUCUAUUUUCCUUCAGUACAUUACAUGGUCUAAUCUUCUCUUAUUUAGAUACCAGAUGCUGCAGUCUGCAUCUAACAAUGUGAUGGAUCAUAGUUUAUUCAACAAUGCCUUGCGAAAACUCGGCAGAUUUUGCCUUUUGUGUAAGUGGGAAUGUACAAAAUGAAGAUUGUUCAUGUAAUUAUCAGUUGAUCCUGA